AUGGCAGAAUUGCACUUGAUUGGAGAAAUUGCUGGAGCCACAGGCUUCUUUGAGGAUAAUUUAUUUUGCUCGUUUCAUGUGGAGAAGGGAUCCCAUUGGACUCAUGUCAGUGGCCUUGAAAAGGGGCAAACUCAAGUGAAUAAACGACACUCGGAAGAUCGAGUGAAUGUAUUUGCUCAUCCCAUCGAUAUUCACUAUUCAACUCCGACCGUUGUAGGAUGGCCUAAAAUUGUCAUACAAAUGUGGUAUCAAGACAGCUACGGAAGAAAUGAUUUUGUGGCGUACGGAGUGUUAAACGUACCUUCGCAAGGAGGAUUUUUUGAGUUGGAGUGUCCAACAUGGAGGCCAGUGGGCUCCCUUAAAGAUCGGAUAUCGGAUUUCAUUGUAGGAGGAAGAAUGCAAGUGAAGGAUUUGUCUAUUGUACAUAAUGGAGAAGAUCGGAGAAAGCAAACGACCAUUUCAUGCGGAACCGUUUACAUCAAAUUGUCGGUGCUGCUGAGGAAUUUCAAAAAGUAUGGAGUGACAACCGUACAACAAUGA